AUGUCUACUGACGGGUUUCCCGCUGGUGGGCGAUUCAACAGCAUUAAGGAGUGGCAGCGGGCUCUUUCCCAGUAUACGGAUGACCUCGGGCAACAACAUCAUAAUCAAGAUGAUCCAUCGAGCGAAUCUGAAGGACAGGCAGAUUCUGAGAUCGCAGAGUCAACUGGAACGAUUGCGCCAGAAGACAAAGUACAGCUCACGAAGACAAUCAAAGAAGGCAUUGAUCGUUGCAAGCAAGCCAUGGAAAACAGCAGUGCCAAGUUGGAACAGGACAUUGAAGAUGCGAACCAAUCUUUUCAUGCCGAGAUUGAUUUGAUGAACGAGUGGCACGAGCGCAUCAAGGCGCAAGACCUCAUCUUGGACAAGAGGAAGGAAGUUCAUGUCCGCUUGCCUACGAAUCAAGUUGUUACUCCGGCUCACAACGCAUUGGUUGACGAAGAUGCCAAGGAGGGUAUUCUGAUUGCGGAGUCAUUCGGGGCUAUCAAGACAGAAAAAGCCAACAUUCGAGCAAAGCUAGCCAACCAAGUUGAGAAGGCCGAGGACGCAUACAGAAGAGACCCCGUUACACUCAGCACGCAAAUCAAAUGCCUCCGCAAUGUCGCAGAGUUGUCAGGUGUCGACCUUGACACGGGUGUUGAUGAGUAUAUCUUUUACGAACCGGUAGCUCCGGUAAUCGGCGUUCAAUCGUCGACUCAAGUUCAAGGUUCUUCAUCCACUCGAUCGAAGCAAAGUAAAACUGCCAACGUACACAAGCGCCAUAAGCCUACAGUGCCAGUCUUCAAUCUACCUGAGAAGGGCUGCUCCAACUGUAGUCGUCUACAAGAGGAACUGUCUACAGCACAUAGAAAGAUUGAUCGAAUUCAGGCUGCUGCUCCAGUACCGGACAUGCGAAAACUUAUCAAACAUGGCGAGCAAAUUCUUUCUGAACUUAUCCAUCAACGCGAUUCAGCAGACGGGGCAGCAGCCAAAGAGCUAGAAGACAAGAAACUAUCCACGGAAGCAGCUCUCGAAGACCUAGCCAACGAACAGGCACGCAUCAAGAAGAUUCACAUUGGCAUUUGUCAUUUUUGGGACCAUGAGAAUCAGGACGCCUGGCAAGAGACGUUUGAUUUGUGUCGCGAGGAGUUGGUCCGCAUCAAGAAGGAGCAACAGGCGCUUGAGAACCAUGACUUCAGAUGUGAUGAGAAAGUAAACAAGCGUCAGUGGAACUCAAGGGAGCUUCUUGUCAAGCAGAUCAAGUUCUACGACUCUUUGCUGAGUCUGGCAAGGAGCCAUGUUAUGAACCGUUGGGGAGAUCUGAUCUUGUCGGAUUCGGACUCAGAGUAG